CCUUGUUGGGUCUUGGUUGACAGAAUUCUUUCAAAAUGAGACGUUGGCGUUUUUAGCUCCACACUAAAGAAAACUUUUGAUUUUAAUGGAUUUUAUUCGAAAACCCUUCAUUCUUUUAUGCAUGAGUUUCUUUAGUCGCCAUUAAUAGUCUAAAAAGUGGCGUUUUUAUGCUGGUUGAUGUUGUUUACGCCGAACUGUUGUUACUAAAGCAGACCGAAGAAGAUGAUGGAGGAUGAAGAUUUUUUGCUCGCUCUUCGUUUACAGGAGCAGUUUGACCAGGAGACACCGGAUGCUGGAUGGCCCAAUGAGGACCGUCCGUCCAGUAAGAGGCGCAGGGUUGACCCCUCCGGUGUUUUGGACGUGAUUCCCUUCACUCAGCCCCGAGCCGAGAGACCGCUGUCCAUCGUGGACGAGUCCUGGGAGACCCUGGACCCAAACCCCGACGUGAGAGCCAUGUUCCUGCAGUUCAAUGACAAGUUCUUCUGGGGGAAACUCAGCGGUGUGGAGGUGAAGUGGAGUCCACGGAUGACACUAUGUGCUGGUGUUUGCUCUUAUGAGGGAAGAGGAGGCCUGUGUUCUAUUCGACUCAGUGAACCACUCCUGAAGCUCAGACCCCGCAAAGAUCUUGUUCAGACUCUUCUUCAUGAGAUGAUCCAUGCUCUUCUCUUUGUGACUCAAAACAACAGAGAUCGAGAUGGACACGGCCCAGAGUUCUGCAAACACAUGAACAGAAUCAACCAAGCAGGUGGCACCAAUAUCACGAUUUAUCACUCAUUUCAUGAUGAGGUUGACGUGUACAGGCAGCACUGGUGGCGCUGUAACGGACCCUGUCAGAGUCGCAGACCAUUCUUUGGAUAUGUAAAGCGUGCGAUGAACAGACCUCCCUCAGCCCGGGACCCCUGGUGGGCUGAGCACCAAAGGAGCUGCGGUGGAACGUACACCAAAAUUAAAGAGCCAGAGAAUUAUGGGAAGACAGGAAAAAGUGAUAAAAAGAAAGACAAGACACCUGCCACUGAGAUGCCAAAGAAGUCAAAGCCUCCCAGCAGCACAACAGGUUCUGGCUCGCAAGACAUCAGGAAUAUCAUUCCCUUCAGUGGCAAAGGGUUUGUUCUUGGAGGGAACGCACAAAUAUCCACAAACAAGCAGAUUCAAAGUCCUCCCAAAGCACCACCAGAACCUCUGGACUCUCCUCCCGACUCACCGCUUCUUCCGAGACUGCAGCUCAAAGAGGACAACCUCAAAAGGUUCAGCUCAGGGACGUCAAAUAUUCCACGUAAAAGGUCUGUUGGCAACACCAAUGCCUUUAUUAAUGUCAAUGGCUCGCCUGUGAGAAUAUCCAAUGGCAAUGGCUCAGGAGGCAAGCAGAGGUCAGUUCGAGAUCUCUUCCAAGCAAUAGUUCUCAAAUCUCCAGAGAGAGCAACCAGUGCUGUUGAAUCUUCCAAGUCUUCCACAGAUGCCUCGACAGCAAACCAUAGAUCUAAUAGUGCACUGGAUGCAAAACCUUUUGGCAAGACAAGCCUAAUCACUGACCAUCUCUCAUACACCAUCUCUGGGCCAAAGACUUGUUCGAAUAUCUCCAAAUACUUCGGAGGCAGUGCUAAAGCAGACUUCCAGGAUUCAAAGUCGAAGACUUUUGGAAGCCCCCAAAAGUCUGCAAUUGCAAUGCCAGGAUACGUUUCUAAGGCCUUCGGAAGCAACCAAAGACCAGAUUCUACAAGCUCAGGAAUCCAAAACACUGGAAGUCCACAAAGGUCGCAUGCUUCAGCUACUUCGGGGUCCAGUUUCAAGAACUUUGGAGGCUCUUCAAAGCCUGAAUCCAAUUUUCCGAGCCCCAGAAACAUUGGCAGCCCUCGGACAUCAGGGACGACACCUUCAGGAGCCAAGAAGAGAUCAUGGGAAGAGCAUAACUCGGAGCGUGUCUUUGAUUACUUCCAGAGGACAGUCAGAGAGUCGGCCACGUCCACAGUCAAAAAAAGAGAGGAGGUCAGAAGCGAAGUUCCGCCUGUGGUCAGGGAUCAGCAGGCAAACAAUCCUCCAGCCCAGAUCACCGUCCACUGCCCUGUGUGCCACAUAAGAGUAGCCGAGUCCACAAUUAAUGACCAUUUAGAUUCCUGUCUUUUAUAAGUACACUCCAUUUUAGAAGAUAGAAGUGUUGCUGUGAUAUCAAUUUGUUCAAAAUCUCAGGGAUAACUUGAAAUGGAUGCAUAGAGUAUUCUUUUAUGUAAUAGUAGUGAGAAAUUUUAAAGGAUUAGUAGGAUCACCCUCGUGUGGUUACAAUCCCCUGAGACCAUUGCUCAUCUUCAGAAGACAAAGUAAGAUGUUUUAGAUGAAAUCCACGGUCCUGAUGUGUUUAAAGUCUAGAAAAGGAAACAAAAACAUUGUCAAAACAUUCAGUAAAUAUGACUUUGUUCGCCAUUCGUCACAGGUGACAAAGUUGUUUUUAUAGUGUUUUGGUGCACGCAGUUGUUCAAGAAGCUUCAUAUGAUCACAGUUGAAGUUGAAGGUUUUGCCAAUGUUUUUGGCUCCUUUUCACUUUUCUUGUGACCAAUGCUGUUAAUAAAGUUUGAGAGAGCUCCAGGAUUUCUUCUAAAAUAUCUUCAUUUGGGUUCUGAAGAUGAACAAAGGUCUCAUUUAGGUCAAUUUUACAGACAUGAGGGUAUGUAAUUCAUAACAGAAUUUUAAAUCUUUGAUUGAACCCUUUAAUUGCAAAAACAAGGUAAGUCACGGAUCUUAACAUAAUUUUAGAAGUCAUCACCAGCACAAAACACCCUACAUUUACUUUUAGACUAAUUGCACUUACUGAGCUAUUCUACCUAAUUUUUUGUAAACAAAAGCAUUCGCAUCAUGUGAAGAAUGUUAGGUGUGUCAGCACUGAUUGAUGGCUGGGUUGUAGUUGAGUGAGCGGUUGAAAGAGACAUCGCUUGCCCUUGUUGAUGUCCGCGCUUCAUGCUGAUUCAGCAGUGCUGAAUUUCACACACAUUGACUGUCCCGCUGUGGGAUUUAGAUGCGCUUGUGUUUCUGCCGGAUCAGGCUUUGCAAGGUGGCUUUCGACUCGAGUCAUCAAUAACAGCUCGUCACAUGAUCAAGGGGGCGGAGCUUGUGCCUUGGAGCGAUGCUCACAAAGAACCCCACCCUGAUGUGAAUAUGGGGUGUGUGCACUAAAGCUUCCUGAUGUAAUAACAGACUUGAUAUAUUGUUAUUAUAUGACGUAUUGUUGUGUUUCAAAUCCAACCUUAGAAGGAAACAAUGGCUGAUGACGAGGGCACGGCGCUCGUGUUACUCGUAAAGCACGCAGAUGUUAUUUUCUUGGCGUGGUUCACUUAAAGGCUCAAGUGCACAACAUUGAUUCACUGCAAAUCAGUGCAGUGGUUUGUUUAGUGUUUGACAUGCUCAAGGCAUCGAUGAUGUCAUUUGUUAUGUAUGCAUGUGGUUCUAUCAGUAGGUGAUAAAGACAAAUUAUGCCGUUAAUGCAUCAUUCUCUUUGCCGGGAGUGAACUUUGCACAAUUUAUUGUAUUAAAGAUGGUUUUAUAUUGAUUAGAAGUGUUGUUUUGGGGGAGUACUGUCCCUUUAAGUGGUUAUAAAUGUUUGUAUGUUUUAUUGUGUUUUAAACGUCACUGUUGUGCCUGUUAUGUUUGACUGAAGUUGCUAUCAUUAACUAUGUUGUUGAAAUAAAUGUUCAAUUGAGUA